AUGGUGCGCAGCCGCCGCCCCUCCGGCUCUUCCGAGUUGCGCCCGGCUGGCGCUCGCCGACCAGAGUACCCGGGGGCACGGUAGCAACUUGAAGGGGUGGGACCCCGCCCCAACUCCGUGCGACUGCUGGGCGUCUCUGAGGUAUUCCUUUUGAUAAAAGGGAACUUUAAGCAGGAUCCCGCAGCCGGGAAGCCGGAGGAGGUGGUGGAAGGGAGGGAAGCCAGCGUGCGAAAAGGAAAAAAAAAAAAAAAAAAAAAAAAAGGAAAAAGAGAAAAAGAAAAAAAAAGAAAUACAUAUUUUAGCUAAACGAUGCUAGAACGGGGCCCGGGGGCUCCCGGCGAGCGCCGAUCCUCCGCAGGAGCGCCCUAGGAGCGAAGGCUGGCAGCGGAGCGGGGCGGGCGCCCCGGCGGAGCUCGCUCCCCGCAGCAGCAGCAGCCCCGGCGCCCAGAGCCUUUUCUUGCCUCCCGGCGAUUAAUGGAAUGAUGUUGCGGAAAAGGCAGAGCGAUCCUGCCGGGCUCAGUCGGGACUGCUCGGGCGGCGGUGGCAGAGGCGGUGGCAGUGGGGUAGCGAGCGGCAUGCGAGUGCCCCCCCGGCGCUAUGGCUAGCGGCGGCUCUGGCAAGUCCAGCAGCGAGGUGUCCGGCGGUGGCAUCCCCAGCAGCAGUUCCCUGCAGAGGAAGAAGCUCAUCUCUAUCUGUGACCACUGCAAGAUCAAGAUGCAACUGGUGGCUGAUCUGCUCCUGCUGUCGAGCGAGACCAGGCCGGUGAACACAGAGAGCCUGUCUGUCUUUGGCGAGUCGUUUGAGAAGUGCAGGGACACGAUCAUUGCCAGGACCAAAGGACUCUCCAUCUUGACCCAUGAUGUCCAGAGCCAGCUCAACAUGGGACGCUUCGGGGAGGUGGGGGAAAGCCUAAUGGAAAUGGGGGAGCUGGUGGUCUCCCUGACUGAAUGCUCUGCCCACGCUGCCUACCUUGCUGCAGUGGAGACUCCAGGGGCCCAGCCUGCCAUGCCUGGCUUGGUGGAUCGCUACAAGGUGACCCGAUGUAGGCAUGAGGUGGAGCACGGCUGCGGGGUCUUGAAGACUACUCCUUUGGCAGAUAUGAGCCCUCAACUCCUGCUGGAGGUUUCUCAGAACAUGUCCAAGAACUUGAAAUUCCUGACAGAUGCCUGUGUGCUGGCCAGUGAGAAAUCCAAGGAUAAAUUUGCCAAGGAGCAGUUCAAACUCAGUGUCAAAUGUAUGAGCACCAGCGCCUCUGCCCUCUUGGCGUGUGUCAAGGAGGUCAAGACUUCACCCAGCGAGCUGACCAGGAACCGAUGUGUCUUGUUCAGUGGACCUUUGGUGCAGUCUGUCUAUGCUCUGGUGGGCUUUGCCACUGAGCCCCAGUUUUUGGGUAAAGCUGCCACCAUUAAUCCAGAGGGCAAAGCUGUGCAAACUGCCAUCCUAGGAGGAGCCAUGAGUGUGGUAUCUGCUUGUGUGCUUCUGACCCAAUGCCUCAGGGAUAUAGCCCAACACCCCGAAAGUAGCACCAAAAUGAGCGAUUACAGGGAAAGGUUGAGGAACUCCGCUUGCGCCGUCUCGGAUGGCUGCAACCUGUUAUCUCAGGCACUAAGAGAAAGAUCUUCACCUAGGACUUUACCGCCAGUGAACUCCAAUUCUGUGAAUUAACCCCUACAUCUUCUAUUUAGAUCCCAGUCAUUGCUAAAGGAAAAUAAUAUCCCACCUCCUCACCCCUUUUUUGUAUACCAAAGAAUUUGCUUGGAUGAGCCCAAUCAUUUGAUUUCAUGUGGUGAAGAAGCAGAACAGCAUUUUCAAACUAUACGUACUAAUAAAGGUAGCCAGUUUCGGCUUUUUAUUUUACUUUAAAGUCAAGUAUCUGUAGAUAAAUUUUCCUUUAUUCAGCAAGGUCUUCACACAAAUGGUAACAGCUGUUUAAAAGUUUUUUUAUAUUUGGGGAGGUGGGGGUAUCUUAAAAAAGAAAAAAAAAAAAAAAGAAGCUUUAAUCGCGCUGGGUGCGGUUUUUAAAGUUUGUCUUGUCUUGUCUUCCGAAAUUUCCCUUCUAAAUUUUACUGUUUUGUUGUGCAGGAAAAAGGUUACCUCAGUUCUCACUCGUUUAAAAAAAAAAAAAGAUAAAACCCAACAACACAUAGAUGAUGGAUGUAGCUACUAUUUUGUUUGGUUUUGUUUUGUAUGACUUUUUUUUUUUUUUUUUUAAAUUCAGCAUCAAGUGUUAGGUUAGAAGUGCAUUUGGUGUGUAGGAGUGGAAGGACUGGAGGUUGUGAUUAUGUUUUCCAUGUGUUGAUUUCCAAACUGGGGGAAAAGCUACUGUGAGUGUUAAAGCAAAACAAACAAACAAAAAAUUACACUAUAACAUAAGUGAUUUUUAAUUUUUUUUUUCCAAUGUCAGUUUUUAUCUUGCAUGUACUGGAGUAUUUAUUUCAUCUAUUAAAAUGUUAUGUUUCUCAGA